AUGGCAGGUGGGGCGGAUGCCAGCGCUCCGCCGCCUGGGCUGUACCUGGCCGAGGAUCCGGCUAGCGACAGCAGCAGCACCAGCAGCUCUGGCCAGAGCCUUCCUUGCAUUGCCAGCGCUUCGCAUGAGCUCUACAUGGGCUUGGCCCAGUCGGGGCCUAUGGCGGAGGGCCUAGCUCCUGGUGCCGUGGCCUGGGGAAGCCCAGGGCCUUCAGAUGGGAAGCUGUCCAGGUACUCCAUGAGCUAUCCCCACGAAGCGGCCCCCGAGUUGCAUGUCGUGGCCGGCCAUCUGCUGGCGGCGGACGCUUUGGCCGCCCGCGUGGCAGAGCUCGAGCGCUGGCACCUCGCUGAGGGCCGUGUGGCUGAGGACGGCGAGGGCCCGGGAACCCCGACCUCGCCGAGUCCUGUGCAGGCGCAGCUGUACAAGCUGUCCCAGGAGGUGAGCGAGCUGCAGGCUCGGCUGCUCUGCUCCCGGCUGUCUCACGAGCUUCAGGAUGAUGCAGCUGCCGACCCCGCGCGGCACGAGGACUUGGCGGCUGUAGACCGGCAACUCCGAGACCUGGAAGACCAUGUCCACGGGUUGGAGGAGGCUCUGGCGCCGGCGCUGGGACCUGAAACGACCAGUCGGCCGCCGGAGGUGCCAGAGGACGAGGCGCUUCAAAGGCACGACGAUCGGGAGCUUCUUCUCGGUCUGGGUGAGGAAUGCCUGGCCAGCCUAGCAGAUCGCCUGGAGCCCCUGGAGAAGGCCUUCCGACUCGUGGCGGAGUGCUUCGGACAUCUGGGUCCGAAAGGCUUGAUCUCUUCGUUGGAGAACGGCCACGGAGAUGAAGCGCUGGAGCAGCUGGUGGCCAAGGUGGGAACCUUGGAUCUGAGCCCAGCGCUGGAGGAGCAGCUGCAGCGUUGGAGCAAUGUGGCGGCUGCGAGUGGCAAUGGACAUGCCCUGCAGGCGUGCGACCUCGAGGCGCUGGUGACGAAAGUCUGCUCCCAGGAGGAGGCCGUUGCGCAGCUCCGCGUCGACGUGGACGAGCUGCAGUUGCUCAACCGCAAGGCGCUCUCACCCAGCUCCAAGGUGUCGCCCCUGGCCAUGGCGCGUGGGAAGCUGGACAUGCUCAGUGCCGAGAUGGACGAGCUGCAUUCCCGCAUGCGGGGCGGCGCAGGUGCCCCGCAGCCCAAUGGCAAGCACCAGGAGCGGCUCUUUUCGACUGGAGGCGCAGAUCCUCCCAACGAGCCCUACGAGGUCGGGCCAGGUCCGCGCUCUGCAGGCCUGGCCCAGUCGCCAAUGCGAGCGGCCGUCUGA